AAACUUCCGGGUGUGUGUGACUUUUUUCCUCGUUCUUGAUUUUGCUUCACAACUUUUUAAUUAGUCCAGUUUUCAGCUUGUAAGGUUUAAAUAUGCGGAGCUGACGGCAGGGGAAAAAGCAGAAGCCCGGAAGAAGAAAAAGCAGAGUUUCUUUCAAAGCUGUGAAGUAAAAGAGGAGCGAGGGAGGAAGAGGAGGAUGGCCGUGGUGGAGCAGAGAGGAAGUGUCACCGUGGCGUCCGCUGUCACAGAGGAAGAAAUUCCUCCAAAGGAAGCAAACGGUAAUGGCAGCCACGCCAGCAACGAUGUUACUGCCCCCACAGCUGAGACCACUCCAGAUGUUCCAGAGGAACAGAAGCAGAGCAAAGGUUUCUCACUCACACCUGAGAUACCCCAAGGUGUGGUGAUUCAAGGUAACAACAGCAACCCUGCCAGCGAGAAGUUCAGAAGAGUUCGCAACUGGAGCAUCACCAAAUAUAAGUAUACCAGGCAGGCUCUUUCGGAGAAGCUUGGCCGUGGGUCUCGUACCGUGGAUCUGGACCUGGAGCCCCGCCUCGAGCUGCUCAAAGACGACCGACAGCGCUAUGAAAAUAUGACCAGUCUGGCUCAGACGCUUGCCAGUCAGCUCUCUCAGCUCACAGUUACCCAGAAGAACCUCGGGGAUGCCUUCACAGAACUCAGCGUCAAAACCCCAACUCUGCACCUGGAGUUUGGCAUAAAUGCAGACGCUCAGAGGUUUCUCUCCAAGAGCGGCGAAACGCUGACGGAAGCCAUCAACGCCUUCACAUCUGACAUGAACACACUGGUCAACAAAACCAUUGAAGACACAAUGAUCAAUGCUAAGCAGUAUGAGACUGUCAGGAUCGAGUAUGAUGCGUUCCGAGUCGAUCUGGAGGAGCUGAACAUGGGCCCCCGUGAUGCUGUCACCGUGCCCAAACUGGAGCAGGCCCAGAAAGACUUCCAGACUCAGAGGGAGAAGUACGAGAAGCUCCGAGACGACCUGUCAGUCAAAGUCAAGCUGCUGGAGGGGAACAAGGUCAAAGUCCUCCGUAAUCAGCUGUGGAUGCUCCACGGCGCCUUUGCAGCUCACAGCUUGUCCUGUCAGAAUUUCCUGGAGAAGAACAUCCAAGAGGCCGGAGAACAUCUCAACAACGUCAGCACCGAUGUCCCCUCCUUCCUGGAAGAAAGUUGACACAGCAAAGCAACAACCAAUAGAGCUGUAAGGCAGAAUCGGAGGGAGUCAGAGGAACAUUUGGCAUUCAUGGAUUCUCUGUGAGAAAAGUUUGGGAGUACUCAGCUAGAAAUGUUUAAUGUGAUUAAUUCAUUUAUACCAGAGUGGAAUUUAAUUUGUUAGAUUUGGGAUGAAUUUCCAGCCUCACAAAGAGCUCUGGAAACAAAGUUGAGUGUUCGCUACAGAAAAUUGGGAGUUAGCAAAAAUAAUUUAUUUGGGAUGUAGAAAGGGUUUCAUGGGUUCUGGUGUAACUCAUGGAGGUCUGGAAAGGCCUUGAAAAGGUCUCAAAAUGUGAGUCUGUAAUAAGUCUUAAAAAUAAUUCUGAUUUAAGAGAAAUAUCAUCUCAUUCAUUCAGUAAAAUGCAUUUAUUCAUAGACAUACAAACAUUCGCACUCUCCUGGGUUUCUUACCUCUGUU